CUGACAAUAUCUUUAAGAGAGGAUUUGUAACGAAGUUUCAAUCGACUUUCAAUCUCAAUAUACUUUACAUGUUCUUAGACUAUUUUAAAGGAUUAUCAAAAUCAUGACAGAAUUAUUAUGUUGGUUGUUGCUUGUUUUGGUGAUGACCCCUGUGACAAUGGGUCAAAACCCGCAGGUAACAUUGCCUGGCUUGGGCACCAUUGAGGGUUAUACCGGUAGUUCUUUCAUCAAUGGAAGGCUUUUCAAUCGCUUCCGAGGAGUUCCUUUUGCCAAACCUCCGCUUGGUGAUCUCAGGUUUAAGGCCCCGGAGCCAGUUGAGCCUUGGACGGGAAUAUUAGACGCGCACACUAGCUUUGGCUUCAGGUGUCCCCAAUUAGGAGAUUUGGGCUUGUUCGUUUCAAAAGAAACGACUUCUUCGAUUAAAGCAGAAAACGACACAAGCGAAAAUUGCCUCUUUCUCCAACUUUAUACGCCAACACUCGACCCAUCGGCCAAAUUGCCAGUUAUCGUUUUCAUCCACGGCGGAAGUUUUGCGUCAGGAUCGUCGCGAACGUUUGCUGGUGACAAAUUCAUGGAUCAUGAUGUCAUUUUAGUUAUCCCUCAUUAUCGGGUGGGGCCAAUUGGUUUUCUCAACUUGCAAACUGACGAUAUUCCUGGCAACGCCGGUUUAUUGGACCAAGUCGAGGCGUUAAAAUGGGUUCAAAAUUAUAUCACCUUCUUUGGAGGCGACCCGAAAAGAGUGACUGUUAUGGGGGAGAGUGCAGGCUCGGUGAGCACCACCCUGCUCAACCUCAGCCCUCUCUCAACGAAUCUGUUUAAUCAAAUGAUUGGUCAGAGUGGGGCUGCAGCGUCGCCGUGGAUGAUAGAAAACGAUCCUGCUAGAGCUGCUCAAGUAAUCGGAGUCAUUGCUGGUUGCACUGACACGGAAAUUAACGCGCAAACCCAGUGUCUAAAAACCGUCGAUCCUAUAGUGCUGUCGUUGGCAGCUGUAAUUUUCUUGCUUCAAGAACAACAAGCGGGUCGAACGGGAUUGGGAGGAAUGGCCCCAUCGCUGCAAAUGGCAGGAGCGGUUCGCUUUUUGGAAAAAGCGCCGGUGGAAAUUUACAAAUCAGGCGAAUAUAAUGCAAAGCCUUCGAUUUUUGGGGCUAACAAGCACGAGGGAACUCUUUUAUAUCAAUCAUAUUACAAUAAUAUUUUGUUACCCAAUGGUUUUGUGAACAACACGGACUUUCUCAAAAAUGAUUUCACAAAAUUUCUCCUUGUUGACUACUUGGGCAUUCAAGAUCAAGGAAACACUCUAGGCAUAGCAGUCGAAAACACUUAUCUAGGAAAGGAAAAUAUGGGUGAUUUGAGAGCCAUGACGCCGGGAUUAAUCGAUCUUCUGGCUGGCUUGCUUAUGAAAGGACCCACGCACGCCACCGUUGAGUACAACGCUGCCAAGGGCGCCCCUUCUUAUCUGUACUCAUUUCAUUUCAACGGAUCCAAUACCCUUUUCAAUAACUUUGCACCUUCUUCGCCAAUCCCCGGAGGAAUUUCUCACGGUGACGAGAUGAUUUUGCAAUUUGCACCAUCAGACUUUCCUCUAGACGAGAGGGACAAAAUAAUGUCCAACAAAUUCCUGAAUCUGUGGGUUAACUUUGUCAAAUAUGGAAAUCCAACUCCUCCUGAAAACCCGAUUGAAGGUGUUCCUACUUGGCCUACUUGGGCGGGAAGCGAUCAACACUACAUGGUCAUUGACGAGACGUCUAAAAUCAUGCAAGACUAUCCCCAAAACGAUUAUUUUGUCUCGAUUAAUGAGAAUUUUUUCGCCGUGUUGAUUUUGAUCCUGGUCAAUGUCAAUGUGUCCCAAGGCCAGAACCCGCAGGUCACCCUGCCUGGUCUGGGCACACUCGAGGGCUACACGGGCAAAGCUUACAUUAGCGAUCGACCUUAUUUCCACUUCCGAGGAGUUCCCUUCGCACAACCGCCAGUCGACGCAUUGAGAUUCAAAGCCCCCCAGCCAGUCCAAUCGUGGGAUGGAAUUUUGGACGCGCACAGCAGUUUUGGUGGCCGUUGUCCGCAGAUUGGCGUUGCUGGUAGAGACGCAAUGUGGGACUCGUGGAUGACCAAAGUGGAGGAUAACAUUUUUGGCAGGGCUGAAAACGAAACCAAGGAGGAUUGCCUCUUCCUGCAAGUUUACUCGCCCAAUUUGGAUCCGUCUGCAAAUUUGCCCGUUUUGGUUUUCUUCCACGGCGGAGCUUUCGCAACAGGAUCGUCCCGACUUUACGGCGGAAGCAAAUUUUUGGAUCACGACGUUGUCCUUGUUGUCCCUCAUUACCGACUUGGCCCUCUUGGCUUCCUUUCCCUUCACACGGACGAGAUCCCCGGAAACGCUGGAAUGUUGGAUCAAGUUGAAGCUUUGAAAUGGGUCCAGAAUUACAUUUCUUACUUUGGAGGAAAUCCCAAUAAAGUUACCGUGAUGGGAGAGAGCGCAGGAGGUGUCAGCUCGUCGAUGCUGAACCUCAGUCCCCUUUCGACCAAUUUGUUCCAACAGUACAUUUCUCAAAGCGGUUCAGCGAUCGCCAAUUGGGGCCUUGAUUUGGACCCGAUCCGCGCCGCCUCUGAAAUAGGAACGAUCGCGGGCUGCCCCAGCACUGAAAUCAACGCACUGACGGCUUGUCUUCAAACAAUUGACGUCACCACUCUCAACGAGGCCCACGCAACUUUUGCAGCUAUGGAACAAAGUGUGGGUCGUUCCGGGUUCGCAGGCUGUUCUCCAGUAGUGCAAAAAGCAGGAGCUGUGAGGUUUUUGGAGAGGUCUCCGACUGCCAUUGUCAACUCUGGUGAAUACAAUGCUAAGCCAGGCAUGUUUGGCGCAACAAAACAUGAGGGAACUUUGGUUUAUCACUUCUUAUACAAAGGUUUUUUGGAACCUAACGGACUAGUAAAUGACACCGAGUACAUGAAACGCGGAAUCACUAGAACUUUUCUUAACUUCUUUGAUGUUAUGGACCAGGGCGAUACUUUGGCCAUUUCUGUAGAAAAAACUUUCUAUGGCGCACAAAAUAUGGGAGAUUUUGCAGCUAUGACUCCUGGCGUUGUGGACUUUACCUCAAACAUGUUUAUCAAAGGGCCCGUUUAUGGAAACGCUCUAUACAACACAGCUAAGGGCGCGCCAAGUUAUUUGUACGCCUUCCACUUUGACGGAUCGAGGACUUUGUUCCCCUUUUACGCUCCUAACUCGCCCAUUCGAGGAGGUGUGUGCCAUGCAAACGAGCUCAUUUUGCAGUUCGCGAUGCCUACAUUUACGAUGAAUGCUGAGGACAAAAUUAUUUCAAACCAAAUUGUCAGCCUCUGGGCCAAUUUCGUUGCCUUUGGAAACCCCACUCCCUCCUCCAACCCAGUUGAGGGAAUUCCCACUUGGCCUGCGUGGACGCCAAGCAAUGACGUUUACUUGGUUAUCAACUCAACGUCCUCCAUUGCCCAAGAUUACACAAAUACGGAAUAUUUUGUGGCGAUCAACGAGAAUUUCCCUUACAACUUGCAGUAGAAAAUGUUAUUUGAUAUUUUCAUAAAUAAAACUUGCAUAUUUAUAUAAAAAGUC